CUUUAUGCAGAAACAUGAUGUUCUUCACAUGAGUUUUGGCUAUGUAGUUUCCUUGGCACUUGACUCCCUCAUAGUCUCUCAAAGGGACAAUAAAGAAUCCGAAAAACUACUAAAACGAUUAGAAUCUCGAUUUAUCAUACUGCAUUUGAAAAUACCCCUGUCUCCAUUUCCGCUUAACUACAUAAUACUAAAUUGCAGCAACAUGUCUUUCUCAAAAGCCCCACUGAAACGUUUCAAUGAUUUUGAAAAUGACGCUACUUCAACCCCACCCAUUGGAGCCUAUGACCCGCAGUUUUCCACAGACAUGGGAAACUCUGCCACAAUAAAAAGCUCAAAAAGUCGAAUGGUUCAAGCCAGGUCGUUCUCUCGACCUGCUCUCAAACGGCUCCCUUCCAUGGAAAGAUGCCGAACUCCGCUAGUACCCCCUUCUCGCCUUCCCAUUACUCUUAAGGAACCAAGCACACAAGACAAACUCUCCCACUUGGAGAAAAAGCAUGAAGAAUUGGAAGAGAUGUUCAAGGAAAAGUCUAAAAAAUAUGACGAGCUUCAAGACCUGCUGCACAAGUCGGAAGAGGACAAAACUAACUGGAUCAAGAAUACGGAAACAUGUCAAGUGUCCAUCACUGAGCUCACAGCGUCCCUUAAAGAUAUCCAGGAACGACUGGAUAAGGCCAACUUGGAAGUGGACUCUAGGAAGAAAGCCUUGGUGAAAGGAGAAGAGCUUUGGCAAGUCCAAACUGGAAAGCUGCAGACGUCCGUAAAGGAGCUAGAGAAACAAAUUGAGCAACAUCAAUCAAGAAACACGGAGUUGGAGAAGCGACUUGAAACUGUUGAAAAGGAAAACCAAGCAUUGGAAUCUGACCGAGUAAAAAUGCAAGCGGAUUUGGAGGAUGAGCAGCUUGCCCUUUCUGAAUCGGAGAGAAAGUGUGUACUGCUGCAAGUGUCGAUGGAGGAGGCACACGCCGUGUUCGAGGGGAAAUUGUGCGAGGCGGAGGAGAAAAAUGCCACCUUACAAGACACGGAAUCCAAGUUGUUGGACUCACUAAAACUGUCAAAGGGACAAAUUGAUGACUUGAGAGUGGCUGUGCAGGCAGAAAAAUCCGGCAGGGUCCACUCUGAGGAGAGAUUAACAAUGACAGAAAACACACUUUUCACAUUAAGGAGUGAGUGGGAGGGGAUGGAGAAAGAGUAUAAAGAGGACAUAUCUCGGCUUGAAAAAUGCCUCAAAGUUUAUGUCGACAAUCCAACGAAGGUGCUCAAUCAAAAAACCCACGAGAUGGCAACCCAAUUUCUGAAGGAGAGGGAAAACACGGCUGAAUUGAAAAGGCGAAUGGAGCCGUUGGUGAAAGUCGAGUCCCUCUUGAAACAAGGUUUGACAAAAUUUGACUCGUCUCAACAUUUGUCCUCCUCAUCGUACGAAGGUCUUGAUGGAAUUGCACUGCCGGAAAUGGUUACAUUUUCUGACGAUGAGUCACUGCUGGAUAUUUCGUCACCAAUACCAAAAAAUAUUACCAUUUACGACACUACCUUACCGUCUGACUUGAAACAGAAAGUUCAAGAGUUGAAACACUGUCAUACCGAAACUUCCUUGAAGGCCGUAAUGCAUGAAGAGCAGCGUGCAGAGACUCGAAAUCUCAUCUCCAAAAUUGAAAAGGACAACCAAAUGAAACGGAAACACAUAAUUUCCAUCAACUCCCAAAUCAAUGAGCUAUCCAAUACUGAUACAAAAGUAGAGCCCUCUUCUUCCCUCUCCACCAUGGACGCCAUUCUUCGGAGCCCCCAGUCUGACCCUAGUUUAAAGGUCAAGUGGGUUUCCAGUUCGGCCAUCUCUCCGAGAAGCUCGUCCGGCAAGUUGUUUGGUGCUGCGAAGUUGGACCCGAUUGCGGAAGAGGAGGAAGACAAGACCAAAUAGUCUAUCAUUUCUUAACAUUGUCUAAAUUAAUUCAUUACCUCAAUGGAAAUGUAGAAAUGGAAUGCUGUGUUACAGGACAAAUAACAAGUAUCGAGUAAUAUGUGUAUAAGACAAAAAAAAACAAUUAAGUAAAGUCAAAGAGAAAGCGAAAGCGAAAGCUUUCGCUUCCUUUCGAAAGGUAACAUAUAAAAAUAUGUAACUUGAGAAUGAGUCACAUUUCCCCGAAACGGUUAGAACAAAUCCAGUUUGCCCUCCAUAUCGUUGCAUUUCGCAUGCACACAUUUGCUUUGUUGUUGGCAGUUGACGGUUUAUAUUUAUUAGUCGGGCUCAUCAAUUUCAUUUCAAGUUUUCUGACGUUAUUUUAAAUUAUAGUUUCUGUCUUCAACUUUGACCAGAAACGCCGGUAUAAAUCAGUUUAGUGCUUUUAGCUGUUUGGAAACAUAAAUUUCUAGAUUAACAUCACUUGGCUAUUGAAUAAAAUGGGAAACUUCAAGUCCCACUUAUCAAAGGAGGUGGACGACAUGGACACGACCUACUCUCCACCCGGGAACGGGAUGAGUACCCCAUUACCCGAAGGGCUCGCAAAAUCCAAACACUUGGCUUUGCUUGACCCUCGGUCACCCACAAUUGGUGUUUCUCGUACGCCGGUUGAGAUUGCUGCUGAAAGGGAACGCACACGACAGGAGAGAGAAAAAAAGUUACAAACCCUUGGUUUGUCGAAUACGAACCAAGAAGUUUCUACCCCACCCGCAUUCAUCGACCCACGGUCUCCCACUUUUGAUUAUGUACGAACUCCAAUUGCAUUCGAGGAGGGUGACAGCACUGAUCAGCAAACAACGGAGAAAGGAAGGGAUAACGAAUUGCAAGUGCCUCUGCCCAACCCAAUUAGUCGGGAUCUCAGGAAGAGGUUAUUUGUCUCGCAGAUCAACGAUUCCCUUAAUUCAUCUGGAAUGCAACUAGAGGAUAACAAGGAAAACUAAGCACAUUCAAGUUUUAAACUACCAGACCAGAUCGAAAUCAAAACUGUAUUUUAUUCUAUGCAAAUAUUUACGAUGACAGUAAUAUAAGGAAUAUAUAAUAGUAAUCAAUAAUAAUACCUUUCAUAUGUCAUACAUAUACAUGAGAAGUCUCUACAGGCUCAAAUAAUUUUAUAAUAUGUAGAUAUACAUUUUCUAAUAAUACUUUCUUUUAUAGUGUAAUUACCUUGCAAGAUUUGCAUAUUAGCAUUAAAUAACAUUUUGUACUAUUGAUGGUCACAUAAGUUUACGAUAUAUAAUCUGGAAAAUUCGUACGAGAUAAUUUUGUGGUAAAUGUGUAUGUAUUAUUACAAAAAUAAAGUUUUCACUUUUGUAA